CCAUAAUGUCGUAAUGGUAGUGGUGUUAAUUCUUAGCACUAUCAGUCAAGGGCACACAAGUUCCAUACGUAAAAUAUUCUUUAAAAAGAAAAUGAAUUAAUAUAUAGAGUUAAAAAUUCAAUAGUUCAAUUACACAAGGUGCUAUUUAUUACAAGAGUUUUAGAUAUUCAUUGAAAAAUGUUGCGAAAUCAAUAUAAAAAUGUUACACAUUGUAUUUUUGAUAUGGAUGGGUUAUUGCUAAUAAUGAAUAAAAUCUCAGUGGCAAUUAUUAAGAAAUAUGAGGGAUAUAAAUUAAAAUACACCAUGCAUCUGUAUGAGCGGAUUUUACUGUCAAAGAAAGGGUUAAAAUAGCACUUAUCAUGCAUACAGAACUAAUUUACACCAAAGCCAUUAAUCAUAUUACAAAUCGUUAUGGAAAAGAAUUCACGUGGGACCAUAAAGCAAAAACUAUGGGUUUUAAAACAAAGGACGUUGCACAAGCUGCAGUUGAGAUGUUAUCUUUACCAAUAACAGCAGAUGAAUUUGAAAAUGAGGUAGUUAAACUAUAUCAAGAAUUAUUUCCUUCUGCAAAUCUUAUGCCAGGUGUUGAACAAUUGUUGAGACAUCUGAAACAAAAUAAUAUUCCAAUAGCAUUAGCUACAAGUUCUAAUAAAGAAAAUUUUGAAUUAAAAACCCAAAAAUGGAAACAUAUAUUUGACUUGUUCAACCACAAAGUUCUUGGUGGUUCUGAUCCUGAAGUUACAAAUGGUAAACCAGCACCUGAUAUUUUUUUGAUUGCUGCAAAGCGUUUUACUGAUAAUCCUGAUCCCUCAAAGUGCCUUGUAUUUGAGGAUGCUCCAAAUGGUGUAAAAGCUGCAGUUACUGCUGGAAUGCAAGUUAUUAUGGUUCCAGAUCCAAUGUUACCAAAAAAUUAUAUUGAAAAUCCAACAUUGAUAGUAAACAGUCUUGAAGAAUUUCAACCUGAGUUAUUUGGUUUGCCACCAUAUAGCACAUAAUAUGUGUAAAAUAUAUUCAUGCAUAUAACUUGAAUAUAUAGUGGCAAACAUAUACUUACAAAACACACUCCAUAGAUCAAUUUUUAUUAUUUGUAAUAAUGUACAGAAAAAAUAAAUUAAUUUUCAUUUUGAUUUUUUUAAGUUAUAGCUUUAAUUUCUUUUUUUACAGAUGUUUACAAAUAAUAUAGUUUUUAUAUUAUUAGUCUUAGUUUAAAAACGAGUUUUAAAUUAAAUUAUUUCAGUUAUUAUUUUAUUGACCUAUAACUGUAAUAAAAAUUUAAAGAAAAAAAUAAUGACUUAAUAUUCUAAUAGUUAAGUCAAUGUCAUAAUAGUAAUGAAUGUAAAAGAAAACAAAAAAUAAUAAAUUAUAUAUUCGUUUAAAA